UCAACAUGAAGUUUUUUGGUCCGCCUAAACGCAGGAGGAACAAAUCUGCCCAACGAAGUAAUUCAAAUGCCUCAAGUGAGGGUGCCGAAGCAUUGUCAUCUUCAGUCUCCCCAACAAAGUCACCUAAGGGCACGAAAGGAAAGAAAAGACCAAGCUCUUCUUCUGUAUUCAAGUCUCCUAAACGCAUAAAACCAACUGAAAAUCAGAGUGUGUCUUCCAAUGACAAUAUUAGCCAAGAACAUGUUGAGAUCAUAACAAGAAGGAACACAAGAUCUAAAUCGGUAAUAGUGACCGAAGCUACUAGACGAUCUCUUAGAAUUUCUAGUGAUAAGAAGAUGCCAGAUGAGAGUACAACUGUGGUAAAUAAAUCAGCAGGAAAUACCAAGGGUAAUGGUCAGAAAUCUGGGGAAAAGUCACAGGAAUUGGAAGAUAAAAAUGCGAAAUCUAAGAUAAAAAGAAACCAUGGUGAAGAUAAUAAGCCCAAAAGAAUUUCAACAAAAAAAAGGAAAAGAACUGAUAAAGAUUCAACAAGCACUAUUGAGGACACACAUAAUGCUGAUGAAAAGAAUGCUGCCAGUGAAGGAGCAGAGGAACCUUAUGAUGAAGCACGGAUUAGUAGUGAGAAUCUAUCCAGUGACUCAACCCAAGAUAGGCUGUCUGACAGACAGUUCAUUAGCCACCAAGUAACAUUGCUUAAAAAGCCAUUUGAGUUGGAAGAGUGCGCUGAUCUUGCUGUGCAAGGUAUCUACAAAGGAACCAAAGUACAACAAAAACGGCAUAUUCCUCAGGAUGUUGUCAAGAAGGUGCUAAGAAGAUUGAACAGUAAUGUUGAAGAUGAACUUCUUAAACACCUUAAUCGCCAAGCCCAGGUAAAGCUAUUGAAAGUCAUCAACAAGGCCCGAGUUGAAGAAACCCUAGUAGAGUCCAGUGGGGCAGAUGAAGACACAGAUAAUGGAACAAUUCAAUCACUUAGAUCUCAGCUGAAGGAAGCUCAAGAAAAACUUGGUAGUCUCAAGGCAUUAGCCAAAAUCUGCACUGACUUGGAAUCCAAUAUUCAAGGCAUAAAAAGCAACCCACUGGCCAAAGAAGUAGAGAGAACCAACAAGCUAGUCUAUGAAAUCUUCAAAAAGUUGUCAACUUCCAAGGUUGAAGCUUCAUCAUUUGAGAAUUCCAAGUAUAGUCAAGUCUCAGGCUUAUCAGGAACCCAAGAACAUGCAAGGAUAGUGAGCAAACUAUUUGGAAUUUAACAUUGUUUAUUUAUUAUGCAAAUGCUCUAAUGCUUUUCUGGCUGUUGUAUUUUACAAUAGUUUUCACUUUGCUGCACAGAAAGUCUUAAAAAGAAGCCUUUAUUACAAAAAGUUACGACAACAUGUGGGAAAGACUAGACAAGAAAAUUUAUGAGAAGUGUAAAAUGUACAAAUGCCAUAAGUAACUUCAAGAACAGUUUUGAGUGUUGUUCCAUCUAAUAAAUUUAACUUGAAAUGA